AUGGCCUCAUCUGCCCUCUGCAACGCUGGCGGGCCGAGCAAGACAGACACAGCCACAGAACAAAGAAAAGGCCUGCUCGACCUACCCGCAGAGAUAUGGUCCAAGAUCGGCAAAAUCGUGAUCGCAGACUCCAAUCACCUCUCCGCCACUGCAUUCUGGGAGUCGCCAAAGCACCCCGACUUCUACCAUCAACCUCCUAUCCCCCGCACUUGUCGCAUUCUGCGCGAAGAGCCACUGCCGCAGUUCUACAGUACACGUGUGCAUAUCCACUGUGCAAACUUCUCACGAAUUACUGUGUGGCUGCGACGCAUCGGCCCAGAGUUGCGCCGCUGCCUACGCGGAACAGUGGUACUUCGUAGUCUGUUUGAAUCGGAGGAGCACUUUCGCCAGCGCCUGAUGAGAACAUUGGGGGUCGAAUUGGAGCUGGACACAACGCCUACUGGCCUGAACCCAGUGAUCUGGCACAAUACAUUCGUCGCCAACAGUCGUCGAAAUGGGCCAGUCUCCUUGACCUCCCGGCCGAGAUCUUGCCAAAUCGGCAAACACGCCAUCGACAACGAGCGUCGCGUCUGCGGGGGCGGUCUCAAUGUGUGGAAGUCAACAUACCACCAGCCACCAAUUACGCGCACCUGCCGCUUGCUCCGCGAAGAGCUGCUACCCUACUUCUACAGCACCAAAGUCUUGAUAACGUGCGGAGCUGACGAUGAGGAGCUUGGACUCUGGCUCCGUACGAUCGGCCCUGAAAACCGGCGCGCGAUCGUGGGAAUCAAGAGGGCAACGUUCUGCCCAGGUGGUAUGGACGAAGAGAGCGAGUACAAGGAAAACUGGGGCGUGGAGCUGAAGAUCGAGAUGGAGACUUUGACGAAUGGUAUAAAGCAGUUGCAGCGGAUGAGCAGGAUCCGAUUCUUGUAG